AUGGUGCGUCUGAGGGAGAUUCCCCGGACGGCCACGUUCGCCUGGUCUCCCGGGGCUGCCUCGCCGCUGAUUGCUACUGGUACGCGGGCCGGCGCUGUUGACGCCGAUUUCUCAAAUGAAACAUGUCUGGAGCUUUGGGAUCUGGCCCUGAGCAACCAGGAUGCUGGUGCGGAGCUGCAGCCAGUGGCUAGGAUUGACACCGACUCGGGGUUCAACGACCUCGCCUGGACGGAAUCGGACGAUCACAAACGCGGGAUAAUUGCCGGUGGUCUCGAGAGCGGUUCACUUGAUCUGUGGGAUGCAGACAAGCUUCUCAGCGGUGCAAGUGACGCCUUGUUGUCGAGGAGCUCAAAACAUUCGGGUGCCAUUAAGGCUCUACAGUUCAACCCAAAACAUUCGAAUCUCCUAGCUACUGGAGGCGCCAAGGGAGAGCUGUACAUCCACGACCUGAACAACCUUGAGAACCCUUACCGACUUGGAAGCACCACCGCUCGCGCUGACGAUAUCGAGUGUCUGGAUUGGAACAAGAAGGUGGCACAUAUCCUGGUUACAGGUAGCAGCGCUGGUUUCGUCACCGUGUGGGAUGUCAAGACUAAGAAGGAGAGCUUGACUCUCAACAAUAUGGGACGGAAAGCUGUGAGCGCUGUUGCCUGGGAUCCUGAGAAGCCUACCAAGCUCGUGACGGCAACGCCACUCGAAUCGGAUCCGAUAAUCAACGUCUGGGAUCUUAGGAACUCCCAUGCUCCGGAGAGGACACUCCGCGGCCACGAGGCCGGUGUUUUGUCGCUCUCUUGGUGUGCCCAGGACCCCGACCUUCUUCUCUCUUCCGGCAAGGAUAACCGCACGCUUUGCUGGAACCCUCAAACGGGCAUUUCAUACGGUGAAUUCCCUGUCGUUACAAACUGGACGUUCCAAACCCGGUGGAACCCCCAUAACCCCAAUUUCUUCGCCACAGCCUCGUUCGACGGUAGGAUCUCAAUCCAGACCAUCCAAAACACCAGCACCGAAACCGCCCAGGCUGUUGCCGACCAGAACCAGGCUCUUGACGGAGAGGACUUCUUUGCCAAGGCUCAAACUCAGCCGCAGGUCUCAAGUUUCUCGCUUCCAAAGGCCCCGAAAUGGCUCGAGCGACCUUGCAGCGCAGCCUUCGGCUUUGGCGGCCGAGUUGUUUCCGUCAACCUGCUAGAAAAGGGCGGCCGUGCCUCCAAAAUCAAGAUUACACCCUUCGAAGUCGACGAGGCAGUUGGGAAGUCUACCGAGACUUUUGAAACGGCACUCAAAGAAGGCGAUCUGAAGAGCAUCUGCGAAAACCGGGUUACAAGCGCUGGUACCGAGGAAGAAAAAGCUGACUGGAGAGUUAUCGAAGCCUUGCUGUCGGAGAACCCCCGGAAGGGUCUAGUUGAGUACCUUGGUUUCAACAGCCAAGCUGACGAUGUGUCUGAGGGACUGGCCAAGCUUGGGCUAAGUAAAGAGGACGAAGUCAACGGAGAGAAGCCAUCGCCCAAAGAAUCCCGUGGACCGGGAGCAAAGAAGCAUAAACGCCUACAAUCCAUGUUUGAUGCCAGUCCCGACGACAACUUCCUGACAGACCUUGCCGCAUCCAAGGGCGCAAAGACCAACAACCCGUUCCAAAUAUUCAACGGCGCCGAGUCCGAGGCUGACAAGAGCAUCACCAGGGCCUUGCUUCUGGGUGAUUUCGAGAAGGCUCUCGACUUUUGCCUCAAGGAAGACCGAAUGUCGGAUGCAUUCAUGAUUGCAAUUGUUGGAGGGCAGAAGUGUAUCGAAAAGGCACAGGAGCACUACUUCUCCAAGCAAACAGACAGCCCUAACUACGUGCGCCUGUUGGCUUCAGUUGUUGGCAAAAACCUCUGGGAUGUUGUAUAUAAUGCCGAGCUGUCCAACUGGAAGGAAAUUAUGGUGGCACUAUGUACUUUUGCGGAAGAAAAAGAUUUUGCGGAUCUUUGCGAUGCCCUUGGUGACCGUCUUGAGGAGCAAAUUCGAGGCAAUGGCGACAAAACCGCUCGCAAGGACGCCUCUUUCUGCUUCCUUGCCGGUUCCAAGCUGGAGAAGGUGGUUUCUAUCUGGAUCGAUGAAUUGCGCGAGGGUGAACAAACCGCUAUCGAGACAGCUACCGAUGAUACCAGCUUCUCCAUCCACGUUCGCGCCCUGCAGUCUUUGAUUGAGAAGGUGACAAUCUUCCGUCAAGUUACCAAGUUCGAGGACACGGAGCGUACCAAGGAUUCGGACUGGACGCUCAGUGUGCUAUACGAUAAGUAUAUUGAGUAUGCUGAUGUUGUUGCGACUCAUGGACGCCUGCAACUUGCACAGAAAUACCUCGAUCUUGUGCCGGAGAAGCACCCUGAAGCCGAGAUUGCAAGGAACCGCAUCAAGCUGGCAACGAGACAGCCUACCACCGGGGCUCAGUCUACCACGGCUGCUACCAGAGCAACCCUAAACAAGCCCCUCCCUCAGCCAUCAGCAUACCAACCGCCGACGACUUUCUCUGCAGGUGCCAGGGCUGCUACGCCAACCUCUUAUGCCUCACCCGGUGCCACUCCAAACGUCUAUGCUCCUGCUGCUGCCGCUGCGAACCCUUACGCUGCCUCCCCUGCUGCUGCGGCUCCUCCGAACCCGUACGCGCCAACAGCCGCGGCCCCUGCGCAACCCACAAACCCCUAUGCUCCCACGGGCGGAAGCUAUGCGCCUCCUGCAGGUUAUCAACCGCGGCAGCAAUCGUUUGGUGUUCCCCCUCCGCCAGUAGGUGGGGUGCCACCUCCGCCCCGCGCUUCCACUCAGUCCCCUUCAAACCUCACCUCAUAUACUACUGCUAAGAAUCUGCCUGCAUGGAACGACCUGCCCGAAGGUUUCGCAAAGCAGUCCGUUUCUCGCAGGGGAACCCCUUCGUCAGGCGCGCCCAUUGCUUCACCGUUCCCCAACCAGUCCCCGCCCGUGACCCAGGGUCCUCCCCCCCUAGGAGCUGGUCCUCAGAGAACACCGUCAGUUCCACCGCCACCCAAGGGCGUCCCUCCACCUCCGCGAAUGACUUCACCGCCGUCAGCGGACCAAGCGCCGCCAAAUCCAUUCCCCGCUGCUCCCCCACCGCCAGCGAACCCCUAUGCCAGUCUGCCACAGUCUCCCCCAACUACUAUGGCACCGCCGGCAUCAAUCCCUCGUGGGCCCUCUCCUUACAAUGCACCGCCAUCUAUGCCUCCCCCGUCUAACCGGUAUGCACCGAGUCCAGCGGCCCAGGCGGCCAGCCCACAGCUCCAGACGAGGGCUCCUGUGCCUCCUCCUCCACAGGCCGCUGCUUCUCCUUACGCCCCUCCUCCGCCUGUGCAGCCUAUGGCAUCCAACCCGUAUGCCCCUAGCACGCCACCACCGAUGCAGGCUCCUCCUCAGCAGGUGCCGCCGCCUCCUCAAGCCGCUGGCUCUCGACCUGGUACCGCCUCUUCUAUGAAGAAGGCCACCCCCACGCCGCCGAAAUAUCCACCCGGCGACCGGUCUCACAUCCCCUCCGACGCACAGCCUAUCUUUGAGAUUCUCUCAGAGGACAUGCAGCGCGUCAAGGCUCGGGCACCCUCCUCCUUUAAGGCACAGGUCGAUGACGCCGAACGGAGGUUGAACUACCUCUUCGACCACCUCAACAAUGAAGAUCUUCUCAAGCCCAACACCAUCCAGGAUAUGGUGCAGCUCGCGCGUGCCAUCCAAGCACGUGAUUACGAAACCGCUCGCACGAUCCACGUCGAUAUCAUGACGAACAGGAAUGAGGAGUGCGGUAACUGGAUGGUCGGUGUGAAGCGUCUCAUCAGCAUGAGCAAGGUGACCCCAUAG